GAGCUCGCUAAUGGUAAGAAGAGGUCAGUAGUGCGGUUUAGCCGCUCGUAUAAGAGCAGAGCUCGAACAUCAGUAACUCCAUUAAAGUAGAUCAACGUUGCACGGUGUCACCAUGAACGUGAUAGUGAUACCGUUCUUUUUAGUCGCGCAUCUCACUGUGAACGAGCCAUGGGAACAUGGACCGGAAUAUACGUUUCAAGUCCAGGUAAAUUGCACGGCGAUCCCAGAGGAAGGUAUUUAUGGCAGCGUGGGACUAAACUUACUGUCGAAGCUGAUCUGCCAGCCAAAAGGCGGCCACACGUUGAGCUGUCAUUUCGAGGAUUCCAAAGCGAACAGUUUCGUCGUGGAUAAUCUGGACCCGUCGGAAUCAGUAAUACCAACCGGCCCGAUAAACCGGCAGCCGGCUUACGAGAUCAACGAGGAUCAGUUCGAGAUCAAGUUCAACAAACGAGGGCUGGACAGUCUCGUGGUGAAUGAGAACAUUCAGCCGCGCGAGCUCGACAUGAUCCGUAUGAUUGUGGGCCAGUUGAGCGUAGGUGCCAUCAUCGAUGGUGUCGGGAAUGACAUUGCUUUCGACGCAACGGAGAAUUUCACCCAGGGCGAGUGUUACACGACCUUUAAGAUCGAGAAGAGACACGUGGUUUUGUGGGGGAAACCCAACUACGCGCUCAAGCCGGUCUUCGGCCUGAAGGAUGGCAAGGUAGUGAUGAUACGGAAGGUCCGAAAUCUGCAUAUGUGCACGCACAAGGUGCCAUAUUUCUUCGGUAACGCCGAGAGUUUCAGGGAAGAGAGUGACAUUAUAUCUGACAUUAGCUUGUCGGAUGGUCAGAUUAUUAUAACAUCGACAGAUUUCAUAUCAGAGACAUCGAAUGUGAUAACGACGAGUAAAAUAACUGAGGCAGUGAUAACAACUCUUUACGAGAACGUACAGCUUAGGCUCGAAUCGAUUCAAGCUGCGAAGAGCGAGCCUCCAGCUGUAAAAGAAGCUGAGCCUGCUAGUAUCUUUAUAGGCAGGUGGUUAACCGACGAUUCAUCUGAGGAGGAUAAUUAAAUGAUUUCAGUGCCAUAUGAUGCACGAACAGAUGAACGUUUGACAUGAAAGGCGAAAUUAAAAAAUUCACUUGUCGCAGAGUGAUUUAUUUGACUUGUUCUUCUCUCUAUUAAAAUUUCAAGCUGUUAUAGAAUUGUGCAGCUUUGUAUUUGUUUUUACGUUGAACAUAUUGCAAAUAUUAUGUUGCGCGUGUGAAUAUCAGGGAUAAUUAUAAAUUAAAUUAUAUCAUACUAAUGUUGAUAAUAAUUAAUAAGAAGAAAAUUGUAGCAAAAGUGUUGAAUUUUCAGGUAUGAGAAUACAACUUUAUUAAUUGUAUGAUAUUGUAAGAACGACAAGGAAUAAAAGUAUAUGCUAAAUUUA